AUGACUGAACGUGAUGAUCAUCAGUACUCCAAAGCUGACUGCAAAUGUUUGAACGUCCGAUCAAGUUGUACGGAAGGUGGAGAAGCAACAAGCCUUCAACACGAAAAGUCAAUGAUGAUGAUCAAGCGUGAUUGUAGUAGUAUUUGUUCGAGCGUUGUUGUUUCUGAGGAUCAUAAGGAAGUGAUUGGUAGUGUUUUGUAUGACGGCAGGAAGUACUCUUCGUCCACAUGCAAUAGUAGGGAAGUUAAAAGCUCUUCACAAAAACCAUUGCGAGAGAGAAGACAUUUUGUAUUAUCACCCCUUUCAACGUUUGACUCUAAAGAGGUCCACCAACACGUACUUUUAGAGUGUAAAGAGAAAGAAUUGUAUUUUAAAACCAAGCCGUCGAGGAGAGGAAACAAAAUUGAAGAAAUUUUGAAUCUCUUUGAGAGAAACACCCAAAUAAUAGAACCUACUUCCCAACAACCAACCGAAACCAAAGACUUGAGCGAUAGAGUCUCCUGUAAAUAUAUUCCUACCAAUCACAGAAAUGUAAAUCAGAUUAUUCUCUUUAGAAGAGAUGAGCAACAUCAUGGUAUGUCUUUGACUAAACACCAACAUUCAACAAUCAUUCAAAAAUCAUCACCACAAAAACCUUCGGUACAAAAAUCUUUCAAACGAAAAUUUAUUGAAUUAGAAGAAAGUUGUAGUACUUUUCCACACGUUAACAAUUCCCCUUCAAUGAAGAGGUUAAUUGUUGCUGCACCUACACCAAUAAUAGCAAAGGAAUUAUCAAACAACUCUUCACUUCCAAAGACUGCAUCAGUUUUUGCACAUGCCAAAUUGCGCAAACAGAAAGCAGCUGCUUUGAAACAGUCAGCUCUUAACACCACCAUCAUCACUCCUAACUGUACUUUUCAUGACAGGAUAGCGUAAAUCAUUUCUAUUUGAAGAGAGAUGAAUAAAUGCUUCAUUCCAAG